CCCCCCCCCCCCCCCCCCCUCCUUUCCACGUGAUCUCCAUCUUCCUUUAUCCUCCUCCUCCUUGCUUAUAAUAAAUGUGACCACUUCCGGUGAAGUCUGACGGCGCUUCUUAGUCCUCAAGAGACUAAAGGAGGAGAGACAUACAAAUGGACGCCAUCAGCAGCGGUGGCGGAGGGGGCGAAGGAUGGCGAGUGGCGCCGCCGAUGAGCGCAAUGGAGAUCCUGCGAGAGACCGUCCGGAUCCUCCGCGCUGAGCCCUCCCCCUUCAUGGCCACCCUCGUCAUCCUCAUCUGCCCCGUCUCCAGCGCCCUCCUCUCCGCCGUCCUCGUCCCCCCUGCCGCCUCCGACGCCCUCGCCCGUCGCCUCGCCUUCCUCGCCGCCGCCAGCGGCCUCCCCCUCGCCCGCCCCCUCCUCCAACUCUGCCGCCACCUCGCUGCCACCCUCCUCUCCGCCGCCGCCUGCUUCCCCCUCCUGGCCACCGCCCUCCUCCUCGCCCGCACCUCCGUCGCCUACUCCGUCGCCUGCGCCUACGCCGGCAAGAAAUUCCGCCCCGCCGACUUCUUCGCCGCCGUGCGCCGCACCUGGCGCCGCCUCAUCUCCACCUACCUCUGGGUCUGCGCCUCCAUCUCCGCCUGCCUCGCCCUGUUCCUCGCCCUCCUCCUGCUCGCGUGCAAGGCGUUCGCCGCGUUGGGCUACCCGCCCGAGAUCGUCGUCUACCCGGCACUGCUCACCGUCCUCGCCUUCUCAAUGGCAUACGCCCACACCAUCAUCGUCUGCAACCUCGCGAGCGUGAUCUCCGUCUUGGAAGAGGUCUCCGGGCUGUUGGCUUUGCUGAGGUCGGUGAGGUUGAUCAGGGGGCAGACGCAGGCGGGGCUGCUGAUGUUCCUCGGGUCGACGAUUGGGAUGGCGUUCGUGGAGGGGCUAUUCGAGCAUCGAGUGAAGACCUUAAGCUACGGAAACGGGUCGUCACAGCUGUGGGAGGGGCCACUUCUGGUCUUCAUGUACUCCUUUGUUGUACUGAUAGAUUCAAUGAUGAGCGCAGUGUUCUACUUCACCUGUAGGUCCUCUGUCAUGGAAGAAUUGGAUGGGGAUGGCCGUGCUCUGAAAGGAACGCAGAAUGCUUCUCCCGAAGUGGACCGAUGCUGAGUGAACAGAAUCAAAAGCAAAGCCUAUAGCUAACAAGUAUUCACCAUUAUUUCUGGCAAAACAGAGAAGUCGAUGCAUGCAAUUAGACCUGAAAACAAAACAAAAACAAAAACAAAAUUGCAGUCUCUCUACACUCAAAACAAUGCCACCAAAAGUUUCUAGUGUCAUUCUGUUAGUUCUGCAGGUUUGGGUACAGAAAUUUGAUGAUCAAGAAUGACAGGUAUGUGAACUCUUACAUCUCUGAAUGUUUUCUGGGAUUUAGUAACAUACAUCUUCCUUUCUAUAUGCUUGUUUAAACAAUUCAA